AUGGCUGAAGUUGUUGAUGAAAGAGCAAGAGCGUUAGCUAAUUACAAACGUAAACUUCUUGACUAUCGUGAUGUUGAGAGGAAGUUGAAAGAUUUACGUAAAAAGGAAAUUGAAAUGAAUAAAGAAUUAACCAAAUCAGAGAAUGACAUAAAAGCUUUACAAAGUGCUGGUCAAAUUGUAGGAGAAGUUUUAAAACAACUUAGUGAGGAUAAAUUUAUUGUUAAAGCCACAAAUGGACCAAGGUAUGUUGUUGGAUGUAGAAGAUCUAUCAAUAAAGAAACCUUGAUACAAGGUACACGCGUAGCAUUAGACAUGACAACAUUAACUAUAAUGAGGAGAUUACCCAGAGAAGUUGAUCCAUUAGUCUACAAAAUGAGUCAUGAAGAUCCUGGAAAUAUUGCUUAUUCUCAAGUUGGUGGUUUAGCUGAACAAAUUAGACAACUUAGAGAAGUUGUUGAACUUCCAUUAUUAAAUCCUGAACUUUUCAAACGUGUUGGAAUUAAUCCACCUAAAGGAUGUCUUUUAUAUGGACCACCUGGUACUGGUAAGACACUUCUUGCUCGAGCUGUUGCUUCACAAUUAGAUUGUAACUUUUUAAAAGUCGUUUCAUCAGCAAUUGUUGAUAAAUAUAUUGGUGAAUCAGCACGUAUGAUUCGUGAAAUGUUCAAUUAUGCGAAAGAUCAUCAACCAUGUAUCAUUUUCAUGGAUGAAAUUGAUGCUAUUGGUGGAAGACGUUUUAGUGAAGGUACCUCUGCCGAUCGUGAAAUUCAACGUACAUUAAUGGAAUUACUUAAUCAAAUGGACGGUUUUGAUUCAUUGGGUAGAGUUAAAAUUAUUAUGGCAACAAAUAGACCUGAUACCCUUGAUCCUGCUUUACUUCGUCCCGGUCGUUUAGAUAGAAAAAUUGAAAUUGGUCUUCCAAAUGAACAGGCGCGUCUUGAAGUUCUUAAAAUUCAUGCUAGUAAGAUGACUAAACAUGGAGAUAUUGAUUAUGAAGCAGUAGUAAAAUUAUCUGAAGGAUUCUCUGGCGCUGAUUUACGUAAUGUUUGUACAGAAGCUGGUCUUGUAGCCAUAAGAGCUGAACGUGAAUAUGUUAUUUCUGAAGAUUUUAUGAAAGCCGUUCGUAAAGUUGGAGAUGCUAAACGUCUUGAAACAAAACUCGAUUACACACCUGUCUAA